AUGGAUUUAUUCUCUCCAAACGACCUCGCCAUCGAAGAUUGGAACAGUCAGAUCUUGUUACAAGAUGAUGAAGAGAAUGACUCUGAACAUGCUAAUGAGGUCGAGUCAGUAAUAUCGAGCUCCACAGGUGUGAAACAUGUUCUUCUGUCUCCACUGCACCAAAUAUAUGGAGCUGCAGCUACAUGCAAACCAACCAUGAAACCAAUAUCCCAAACCCAUCACGACCAAUCGAAUCAUUCUAUAUUACAUGAUCCACAUCCAGUGACUUCACAUUAUGUUCCCUUUCAGAUCUUGAGCCGUGAGCAUGAUGCAUGUUCCAAUAUUUUGCUCUCGAACUGUCCAUGUUCAUCCAUACCUCUUCAACCACCACGACAACUACUAACACACAAACGUUUAUUCCAACAUGAAAUUCAGACAACGAGAACUCCUCACCAUGAAUUUCCCACCCGAAUGAAAACAAAACGAACACACACAAAGAAUUCACAAUGUGAAAAUUGUGGAACUCAUUCCACUCCAACAUGGAGAAAAAAUCCAUCGACAGGUCAAACAUUGUGUAACAAGUGUGGAUUGUAUGAAUUGAGAUAUGGAAUGAAUCGACCUGCGAAGGAGGAAUAUCUCAAAUUAGGAAGAAGAAAAAGACAUGUUGCAGUAGAAGAAUCAUCUACGAGUAAUGUUACAAUGUCACCUUCUGAAGAUGACCUUUCAGAAAGUGAAUGUAAAAAGAUGAAACAGGACCAUAUAAUUUCAACUCAUGAAAGUAAUCUGAAAGGAGCUCUAAAUCAUGAAGGACAUGUACAUGGUUGGUCAUCAUUGAAUGUGUUAAAGGAUCGAUUGAAAGAAGCCUCUGAAAGAUAUCCAGACAUUAUUCAAACCUUAAUUUCACUGAUUAGAAAACAUGUUUUGACACAACCUCAAGUUCUUUCACAGAUUUUACAAACCUCUCAAAUUGCACAACAACAACAUUCAUUGAAUCAUGGAGAAUCCAGAGAUUUAUCAUUUACUUGUACAGAUAUGUUACUAUUGGAAAAAAGUAAUGAAUAA